UGAAAGGUUUUAAAAAUGGCGCUGGCCGCUCGGCUGCUGCCCCGCUUGUUGCGGUGCCGGCAGCUCCUCGGCGGGGCCGCCCGACCCUGGACCCCCCGGGCGGCCGAGGCGAGGCGGCCGGUGGCUGGACUCUGCUGCUUCUGUCUCCGCACCCUGAGCUCGGGAGCGGUCCCGUUUCCCCAUGGCGCGUGUGCCUGGGCCGCCUCGGCGCGGCUCGCUCAGGGGCCCCGACGUCGCCUGCUCAUCCCUGCUGGACUGCCCGCUGUCGUCCCGGCUCAUCCUGCCUGUCCCCGCCGCAGCUACAGCACCGAGGAGCAGCCCCCGCAGCGCCAGAAAACCAAGAUGAUCAUUCUGGGCUUCUCCAACCCUAUCAACUGGGUUCGGACUCGAAUUUACGCCUUUCUAAUCUGGGCCUAUUUUGACCAGGAGUUCAGCAUCGCGGAGUUCUCCGAAGGAGCCAAGCAGGCUUUUGCUCAUGUGUCCAAGUUGUUGUCACAGUGCAAAUUUGAUCUCUUGGAAGAACUCGUGGCUAAAGAGGUGCUACAAGUAUUGAAAGAAAAAGUUACUUCACUACCUGACAAUCAUAAAAAUGCCCUUGCUGCUGACAUAGAUGAAAUUGUAUAUACAUCAACGGGAGAUAUCUCCAUUUACUAUGAUGAGAAAGGAAGGAAGUUUGUUAACAUCCUGAUGUGCUUUUGGUAUCUAACCAGUGCCAAGAUCCCCAAUGAAACUAUAAGUGGAGCCAGUGUCUUCCAGGUUAAGUUGGGGGAUCAGAAUGUGGAAACUAAACAACUUCUUAGUGCAAGCUAUGAAUUUCAGAGGGAGUUUACACAAGGUGUAAAGCCUGACUGGACCAUUGCACGGAUUGAACACUCAAAGUUAUUAGACUAAUCUGUCGGGGAAAAAUCAGCUUAUUGGACUAUAAGCAAUUCUAAGAAAUUGAGGAAGAGAAAAUUUUGCAUCAGUCAGUCUUUUAGAGAAGUCUGUGGAUUACUUUUGUAUUAUUUUGAAAUAAUUGUAAUAUAUUGGCAUGGCACAAUAAAGUAUUUUCCACA